AUGGGCCAGAACCUCUCGCUGUCGGAGAAGUUCGCCGACACCUCCAAGGCCACGCUCUCCCCGUUCGACCGCGAGAACGACAUCAUCCUCGGCGUCAUCUGGGCCUCGUGCUUCUACGCCUUCGGCAUGAUCUGGUGCGCCGUGACCCUGCUGCGCCGCUGGGCCGGUAGGAACGGCGAGCGGGGCAUCAACAUAUUCUCCAUCCUCGCUGCGCUCCUGUUGUCGACCGGGUGGCCUGUCAUCCUGCUCUACUUCGCUAUGUCGAGCCGGUGA